UCCAGAUAGAAGCUGUUUACAGCCUCAACCAUCAGCGGCAGACAUCAGUGUUUCCUGAAGGGGUUCAGGUGCUGAUUAAAGAAGAAGAUCCUGAAGAACAGAAGCCUGAUGUGGACCAGCAGGACCAAGAACACCUCCACAUUAAAGAGGAAGAGGAGGAACUGUGGAGCAGAGCAGAGCAGCUCAAUUUGAAGGAGGAGACUGAUGCCACCAGCUUUACGUUCACUGCGGUUCCUUUGAAGCAUGAGGAUGAUGAAGAUAAACCUCUGUCCUUACAGCUUCAUCAACACCAAGCUGAAGUCAGAGAUCUUCCAACCAGCAGCUCAGCUCAGGAUUCUGACUCCUCAGAAACUGAAGUCAGUGAGGAUGAUGAAGAGGAUUCUGACUCCUCAGAAACUGAAGUCAGUGAGGAUGAUGAAGAGGAUGAUGAUGAUGAUGAUGAUGAUGAUGAUGAUGAUGAUGAUGAUGAUGAUGAUGAUGUAAACAAUCCUGACUCUCAGCUUAAACCCUUUGCAGACUCUGGGUCAAAAACUGAAGACACUGAUAAAGACUGUGUUCUUCCUGCAGGGUUCCUGAAUCAGGUGUAAAAAACAACAAAAAUGAACAGAAGCUGUUGUGCUGUGAGGUGUCUGGGAGAAGGUUUACCACAAAGAGCAAUUUAAACACACAUGAGAAUCCACACAGGACAGAAGCCAUUUUGUUGUGAGCUGUGUGUGCAAAGGUUUACUGAAAACGUUAGUUUAAACAAACCCAUUUUUUGUCUUUUUGUUCCACUCUUGGGGGAGUAAGAUGCUUUUUUCCUUCUCUCCUGCCAUUCCUUAUCUUCCCUGCCUUUCUGCUUGGAGCCUUCUCUACAUUUUCAUCCAAAAUCAGAAAUUAUGGGUAUUUUUAUUUUUAUUAUUAUUAUUAUUAUUGGAUUUGGUUAGGUGGUCUCUUAAUAAAUUUUGGAACAAAG